CAAUGUGCAUGGCCAUGGUGGGCAGGGGUAACCAUGGCUUGUCUGCUGUUUGGAAAGAGGAAUUGUGUUCCCAAAUUCCUGAUCUUGAGAUACAUCACAGUUGUUUGGUGGGGCUGAGGGACCCACCAGAAUCCUCCCAUGGGGCUCAGGCAGGUCAGUGUGGUUAUUGGUACCCUUGUCCUUGCUGCAGAUAUUGAGCAUCCUGCAGGCUCAGGGUGCCCCACGAAUGAGGCAAGUUGUACCUGUGCAUAUUGGGGUGUUAGGCAGCUGUAAGGAGCCUGGCGAGGCAGUGCUGUAGAGCCAGGUUGUGGGGAAGGCUGCCCACUGAGCGAUAGAUCCUGGCCAAAAGAUGAAGAAAGAAGGUAGAGCUGGCUAGAGCCAGACUUGGAAACCUUUCUUCUGCAGCAGGAGGGUGGACCGUGGCUCCUGAGCAGUGUAUCCUCUACACUUGACUCUGGUGGGACACUGGAGCAUCUCUCAUACAGAGAACCUGGGAGGGCUGGUACUGUUCAGCCUGGAGGAGAGACUGUAACCCAGGGGUCCCUGGUUUUUGAAAGUGAGGGUGCAGCAAAGGGGGAACCAGGAUCUUCUCGGUGGUGUCUGCCAAUGGACAGAGGUGAAAAAAUAGGAAACAGCACCUCAACACAAGAAAACACUGUCUGAGACCAGGGAGGCUGGGCUUGCUCUCAUUAAUCAGGGCUCGCCAAGCUGGUGCCUGGGGUGUGAAGAUAGCCCCACUGUCACUAGCCGGAUGUUUGUGAGGUUUCUCAAGCACUCUACCCUCUUCAUGCUAACUUUUUCAGUUAUGUAAAUGUCGUUCUUGCCCAUCAGCUCUUUCCUGCCCCUGCUGGGCAGAGUGGGAGGGCUGUGCCCACCAGCAUUGGGGCACAAGGUGCAGGGGUGAACUAGUAAAGGUUGGGCUGAUGUGGGAUGCUUGCUAGCACGAUGCCUGGGGACCGAUGUGGCUGUAGAUAGGGAAACAUGACCUCAUUUCUAAAAAGCAGCUGCUGGAUAAUGUGCUGUAGGGGGGUUGCCUUUCUUCUGGGGCCUCCUUUCCUCGUUCUUCUCCUCCUGUUCGUUGUCACCGUUCAGUGGUCUUGUGGGCACGAUGUGAUGGCUUGUCAGAACUGGUGCUGGACUCUCCCACCCAGCACGGGGAAGGGAUAUUGUGGUUGGUCCUGCAGUGGCAGAAAGCUCCAUCCUCUGGGAGCAGCUGAGCCUGUGGGGCCAUAGCACCUGUCAGGCACCGAGCCCCCUGACUGCCCAGUCCCGGAAGAGCUCUGCUGUGUCACAAAGCUUGAUAAGGUUUCCAACUGACUCCAGCCUGUGGGGUGCCUAGCAGCUGGUGGAAACCCUGCAGCUGGGCUGUUUGAGGUCUGCCAGCUUUGCUCUGCUGUCCUGGUGCCUGCUGGCUCAGCUGGAGGAUGACCUCUAAUGCAACUGGGCCCUGGCUUGUGCCCAGUGGGCUGCUGCACUUGGAGCAGGAGGGUGGCUGCCUGGAAUGAUGCUGGUGCAAUGCAGAAGAGCGUAAAGGAGGGGCUGUUGCUGAAGCAGACGAGCUCCUUCCAGAGGUGGAAGAGACGAUACUUCAAGCUGCGAGGCAGGACACUUUAUUAUGCUAAGGAUGCCAAGUCCCUGAUCUUUGAUGAGGUGGACCUGUCUGAUGCCAGUGUGGCCGAGACCAGCACCAAGAACAUCAACAACAGUUUCACGGUGAUCACGCCAUUCAGGAAGCUCAUUUUAUGUGCGGAGAACCGGAAGGAGAUGGAGGACUGGAUCACGGCCCUGAAAUCUGUCCAGAAGUGGGAGAUCCAUGAGGCCACACAGUUCAACAUGGAGCACUUCUCGGGCAUGCACAACUGGUAUGCCUGCUCCCACGCCCGCCCCACCUUCUGCAAUGUGUGCCGCGAAGCUCUCCCAGGGGUCACCUCCCAUGGCCUCUCCUGUGAAGUCUGCAAGUUCAAGGCACACAAGCGCUGUGCUGUCAGAGCCACAAACAACUGCAAGUGGACGACUCUGGCCUCCAUCGGCAUUGAAAUCAUCGAGGAUGAGGAUGGGGUGGCCAUGCCCCAUCAGUGGCUGGAGGGGAACUUGCCCGUCAGUGCACGCUGUGCUGUCUGCGACCGGACCUGUGGCAGUGUCCGGAGGCUGCAGGACUGGCGGUGUCUCUGGUGCAAGGCCAUUGUUCACAGUGCCUGCAAGGAGCUCCUUGGCAAGAGGUGCCCCCUGGGCCAGUACAAAGUGUCCAUCAUCCCACCAACUGCCUUGAACAGCAUCGAUUCUGAUGGUUUCUGGAAAGCCACCUGCCCCUCGACCUGCUCCAGCCCUCUCCUGGCUUUUGUCAACUCCAAGAGUGGGGACAACCAGGGUGUCAAGUUUCUGCGCAAGUUCAAGCAGUUCCUCAACCCAGCCCAAGUCUUUGACCUCAUGAAUGGGGGCCCACACCUGGGGCUGCGCCUCUUCCAGAAGUUCUCCACCUUCAGAAUCCUGGUGUGUGGUGGGGAUGGCAGCGUGGGUUGGGUGCUCUCUGAGAUUGAUGCCCUUGGCCUCCACAAGCAGUGUCAGCUAGGUGUCCUGCCGCUGGGGACUGGUAAUGACCUUGCACGGGUCCUGGGUUGGGGCAGCCUGUGUGACGAUGACACUCAGCUGCUGCAGGUCCUGGAGAAGCUGGAAAGGGCCACCACCAAAAUGCUGGACCGGUGGAGUGUGCUUACCUAUGAGGCCCCCAAGCAGUCCCCCUCAGCCCUGAAGGAGGAGGAAAAUGGGGACUCCAACAUCCAGGUCCAGAUCUCCCAUUAUGCGGACUCUGUUGCCUUCCACCUGGCCAAGAUCCUGGAGUCAGACAAGCACUCAGUGGUGAUCUCCUCUGCAAAGUUCCUCUGUGGUACUGUCAAUGACUUUGUGACUGAAGUUGGGCGGGCUUACAAGAGGGCGACAGAGAACAAGCAGGAGGCUGAGCUGAUGGCACGGAAGUGCGCCAUGCUGAAUGAAAAGCUGGACUCAUUGGUGCGGGAGCUGAAUGAGGAAGCUCAGGCCAUCAUGGUCCCUGAAGAAAUGGCACAGGCCACCCUUGCUGAUGUCAAGGACCAGGAGAAAGCUGGCAGCUUCAACCCCAACCCCCAGCCUCGCAUCUUCAAAUCCAAGGAGCAGCUCAUGCUGCGGGCAAACAGCCUGAAGAAAGCCCUGAGGCAAAUCAUUGAGCAGACAGAGAAAGCUGUGGAUGAGCAGAACAAGCAGACCCAAGCCUACCAGGGCAGCGUGGGCCCCAGCAAGGACAGCUCAGAGGAGUUCAAAAAGGAGGAGGAGAAACUCAGCUCCCGGCGGGUGACUGUGACCUCUGCGUCUUCCUCCAUCAUCCUGGACCGGCCAGACACCUUGGGAAGCUUCCAGUUCCCUGAAGACCCCAGCACCCUACACUUCUUGGAGAAAUGUGUCAUGAAUAACUACUUUGGCAUUGGCCUGGAUGCAAAGAUCUCCCUGGAGUUCAACAACAAACGCGAUGAGCAUCCCAAGAAGUGCAGCAGUCGCACCAAGAACAUGAUGUGGUAUGGGGUGCUAGGCACGAAGGAGCUCCUGCAGCGCACCUACAAGAACCUGGAGCAGCGGGUACAGCUGGAGUGUGAUGGGGUGCCUAUCUCACUGCCCAGCCUGCAGGGCAUUGCUGUCCUCAACAUCCCCAGCUAUGCCGGGGGCAUCAACUUCUGGGGAGGCACCAAGGAGGACAAUAACUUUGGGGCUCCAUCCUUCGAUGACAAGAAGCUGGAGGUAGUGGCAGUCUUUGGCAGCAUCCAGAUGGCCGUGUCACGGGUCAUCAACCUCCAGCACCAUCGCAUUGCACAGUGCCGUGUGGUGAAGAUCACCAUCCGGGGCGACGAGGGUGUCCCUGUGCAGGUGGAUGGAGAAGCCUGGAUCCAGCCACCUGGCAUCAUCAAAAUCCAGCACAAGAACAGAGCCCAGAUGCUGACAAGGGACCGGGCAUUUGAAAGCACCCUCAAGUCUUGGGAGGACAAGCAGAAAGGCGAGAGCUACCGAGCAGCUACACGACCACGGCUCAGCUCCCAGCAGUCCAUGGAGUACCUGACUGAGGAGGAGAGCAGCCUCUUGCAGCAGGUCUCACGGGUUGCUGAGACCCUCAUUGCCAGGAUCCAUGAGGCAGCCAAGGCUCACAAAGCCAUGGAGCAGGAGCUGGCGCAUGCAGUCAAUGCCAGCUCCCUGGCACUGAGUGAAGCCCUCUCCCACAAAGCUGCUGGCACCUCAGAGUUUCUUAGCAGGAAUAUGGCUGUGGAGAUGGUGUUGAGCAUCAAGGAGCUGUGGGCUGAGACCAGGGCAUUCCUGGAAGGGAAGGCGCUGGACUCGCCGCAGGAGGAGGAGGCGCUUCAGGGCCCCCUGAGUGUGCUGGGCCAGGAGUUGCAGCGGCUGCUGGACAUCCACUGGCUGGGCCCUAUUGCCCACCCUGCUGAGGAGGAAGGUGCCAGCAAGGGCAGCUUUAAGCUUCGCCUCAACAUCCCCAAGCCUAGGAAGGAGAAGGACAAGCUGCAGAAGCAGAAGGCCAACACUGUGCUCCCAGCAGACAAGUGGGGCUCCGAGGAGGUGGCAGCUUGGCUGGAAACGCUUGGUUUAGGAGAAUACAGAGACAUUUUUGUCCGGCAUGACAUCCAGGGCUCAGAGUUGAUUCUGCUGGAGAGGAGAGACCUUAAGGACCUGGGGAUCACCAAAGUGGGCCAUAUGAAGAGGAUCCUUCAGGCCAUUAAGGAACUCGGCAACCUGCCCUAGGCUGACAGCAGAGCAGCAGCCCAGUCCAGGUGCUGGGUGGGUGCUGCCCCCAGGGAACAGGGGUUGGAUAGGGGAACAGGUCCCUGCCCUUGCCCCAUAUGUAUGGAGCUCCCCCUGCUUGCCUCGCUUUAACUCUGUCCCCAGUGACCCUGGAACCACUGCCUCUCCCCCAGCCUAUGGGGCUGGAGACACUGAAGCAGAGGUCUGCCCUGAUAGGUGUGUGGUCUGACCACCAGUCCCACCCCAUCAGGGUCACUGUAGGAGCUGGGGCCACCCUCUGUGUGCUCAAGCUGGAGCCAAAGCAAAGUUUCCCCUUCCCCAUGUGGGUAUUUAUGCUGUGUAAAUAUUUGGAGAGAAGAUA